AAUUAGUGGAUCCAGAGCUACCUGCAGCCCAGCCACUCAGCACAGCCACAGGGAGAGUCAGGAGGAGAGAAGGGGCAGGUGCGAGGCAGCAGCCCUCGCUGGGAGCGGGGAGAGGAGGACCCCUCCUGGCAAGACUCCAGCGAUGUCUGGAAGGAGUCCGAGGCAUCCUUGUCAACUUUCAUUCACAGGACCAAGCCCGUGUGCCGUGCCAUGCAGUGAGAAACAGCUUUGCGCAAAGAGGGAUUUUCCCUUCCCAGAUGCGCUCCUCACCAGCCAGGUAAAGUCACACAGGUGCUCUCAGGGGAACAGAGCUGCUGAAUGACUGUAUGCGAGGCAGAAGUGAGCUGCCUAAACAGAAUCUCAUCGAGGCCACUUGAGAGCAUCUGCACUCGGGACUCAAGGCCGCACUCGGACCCUUGCUGGGCCCGUGGACUGUGCUCGUGUCCUGCUGACCAGCGACGCCUGUGCUCAGGACCCUUGAGGCAGGGCCCAGCACGAGGGGUGGGAGGAGGCCCAGCAUGGGUUUCCAGGCACUGGGGCCACUCAGUCCUUGGCAGUGGCUGCUGCUGCUAGUGGCCCUCAAGGGUGCCAAAGCAACGUCUGAUUUGAACAAACCCACGGAUUCCACGGCCCAGCAGGAGCCUGGGGCUGGGUUUGCUGCUUCGGGCCCGGCUCUGGGUGAGAUCACUGUCUUUGCACUGGACUAUGACUACGUGCAAGUCCCCUAUGAAGUCACCCUCUGGAUCCUUCUAGCUUCCCUCGCAAAAAUAGGCUUCCACCUCCACCACCGGCUGCCAGGCCUCAUGCCGGAAAGCUGCCUGCUCAUCAUCGUGGGGGCUCUGGUGGGGGCCAUCAUUUUUGGCACCGACCACAAAUCGCCUCCGGUCAUGGACUCCAACAUCUACUUCCUGUACCUCCUCCCUCCCAUUGUCCUGGAGAGCGGCUACUUCAUGCCCACUCGGCCCUUCUUUGAGAACAUCGGCUCCAUCCUGUGGUGGGCAGGCCUGGGGGCCCUGGUCAACGCCACGGGCAUCGGCCUCUCCCUCUACCUCAUCUGCCAGAUCGAGGCCUUCGGCCUCAGCGACGUCACCCUGCUGCACAACCUGCUGUUCGGCAGCCUGAUCUCCGCGGUGGACCCGGUGGCCGUGCUGGCUGUGUUCGAGGAGGCGCGCGUGAACGAGCCGCUGUACAUGAUGAUCUUCGGGGAGGCCCUCCUCAACGACGGCAUCAGUGUGGUCUUAUACAAUAUACUAAUCUCCUUCACAAAGAUGCACAAGUUCGAAAGCAUAGAGCCUGUCGACAUUUUGGCUGGAUGUGCCCGAUUCAUUAUUGUGGGGGUUGGGGGAGUCUUUUUCGGCAUUGUUUUUGGAUUCGUUUCUGCGUUUAUCACACGUUUCACUCAGAAUAUCUCUGCAAUUGAGCCGCUCAUCGUCUUCAUGUUCAGCUAUUUGUCUUACUUAUCUGCUGAGACCCUCUACCUCUCAGGCAUCCUGGCCAUCACGGCCUGUGCGGUGACCAUGAAGAAGUAUGUGGAAGAGAACGUGUCCCAGACAUCCUACACGACCAUCAAGUACUUCAUGAAGAUGCUGAGCAGUGUCAGCGAGACCCUGAUCUUCAUCUUCAUGGGCGUGUCCACCGUGGGGAAGAACCACGAGUGGAACUGGGCCUUCGUCGGCUUCACACUGGCCUUCUGCCUGGUCUGGAGAGCCAUCAGCGUGUUUGCUCUCUUCUAUGUCAGCAACCGGUUCCGGACCUUCCCCUUCUCCAUCAAGGACCAGUGCAUCAUUUUCUACAGCGGCGUCCGAGGAGCUGGCAGCUUUUCGCUGGCGUUUCUGCUGCCUCUGUCUCUUUUCCCUAGGAAGAAAAUGUUUGUCACGGCUACUUUAGUAGUUAUAUAUUUUACUGUGUUUAUUCAGGGAAUCACAAUUGGCCCUCUGGUCAGAUAUCUGGAUGUUAAAAAAACCAAUAAAAAGGAAUCCAUCAAUGAAGAGCUUCACAUCCGUCUGAUGGAUCACUUGAAGGCGGGAAUUGAAGAUGUGUGUGGGCAAUGGAGCCACUACCAAGUGCGAGACAAGUUUAAGAAGUUUGAUCACAAAUAUUUACGGAAAAUCCUAAUCAGGAAGAACCAGCCAAGGUCCAGCAUCGUUUCCUUGUACAAGAAGCUGGAAAUGAAGCAAGUCCUUGGGAUGGCGGAGACCGGGGCCCUGAGCGCCACAGCCUUCUCCAGGCCCCACCAGGCCCAGCAGACACAGGGAACCAAGAGGCUUUCCCCUGAAGACGUGGCGUCCAUGAGGGACCUUCUGACGCACAACAUGUACCAAGUGCGGCAGAGGACACCGUCCUAUAACAAAUACAGCCUCAAACCCCGAGCAGCUGAGAAGCAGGCUAAAGAGAUCCUGGUCCGCCGCCAGAACACCUUGCGCGAGAGUGUGCGGAAAGGCCGCAGCCUGCCGUGGGGAAAGCCGGCCGGUGCCAAAAACAUCCGCUACCUCUCCUUUCCCUACAGCCAUCCUCAGCCAGCAAGGAGAGACGGGGAGGCUGCUGCACGCGAAGAUGCGGACAGCAGUGAUUCGGAACUCUCCUUCAUCAUGUUCAGCGCACACUCUCCAACACGGUCGCUUCAAGAGAGACCACGGACACAACAAAUAACCACAAGGAAGAGUUUAAACAGAGGAGGGAAGCCGUCCGGCUCUGGCUAUCAAACAAGUCCAAGCCAAGAAGAGCAUGUUGGCCGGAGCAAAAGGGCUCUGAGGCCCAAACCGCUGUUCCACACCGUGGAUGAGGAGUGUGGAUCUGGAGAAGAGAGUGGGGAAGAGGCCUCAGCCCCGGGCGCCAGACAGUCGGCUGAGCACAGGAGGGAGCGCCGCAGGUCUUGCAGCCCUUUGCUCCGAAGGAAGUAG